AUUUUUUUGUACAAAUUUCACCAAAUUAACAGCCGAUAAGCAGACAUUAUGACUAGCGUGCGGGAGAUGCAUUUGGAGGAUCUGUUCAAGUUCAAUUCUCUCGUCUUUGAUGCCCAGACCGAAGUGUACAGUUUGAAGUUGUUCUUGACACAUCUCCUGAAGUGGCCAGAACUGUCGCAGAUCGCUGUGGCGCCUGGGCCAGAGGCUCGGCCAAUGGGGUACAUCUUUGGCAAGCAUUUCAAGAGUAAACAUAACGAGUGGCAUGGGCAUGUGUGCGCAUUGACUGUAUCCGAUGCCUAUCGCCGCAUAGGCGUGGCCACACUCCUGAUGGCACACAUCGACCGGGCUCUAGAUGACAAGGGAGCCCUGUACGUGGACCUCUUCCUUCGCCAAAGCAACCGGGCAGCGCAUGCUCUGUACAGCUCCUUGGGCUACGUCCUUCGCAGAACCGUGCUGGAUUACUACUGCUACGAUAAGCCGUUGCCGGAGAAUGCCUACGAUAUGAGAAAGCCUUUGGCUAGCGAUGUGCUACGUAGGUCGGUGGCUGUCACCUACACGGUGCCCCAGUGCCUAUCGGAGGAUGAUGAGGAUGAUCAGUGAUCCUCUCUAUACUAUUCGGCAUACAUUUGAGCUCAUAUUUGUGUGUACAGCUAAUUAAAGAAAAACUCAAUUGCGGUGAAUA